UUUUCAUCUGCGGACGCUGAGGAUGUGACUGUUCAUCGAGGAAACACAGCCCACGUCCAACAGGCCAAAGUGCAUGAAGAUUUUUGAGGCUCAUGAUGGAGGGCUGGCCAGCGGUGGCCUGGCUCCUGCUGAUGACGAACAUCGCUGAUUGGCUGAAACCCGUCCAGUCACGGGACUUCACCAUGAAGGACAUCAUCCUGCUGCAUCCCUCAACGACGCCUCAUCCCGGUGCCUUCAAGUGCUUCACAUGUCAACAAGCUGAAGAUAACUAUGAGUGUAACCGCUGGGCUCCGGAUGUGUACUGUCCGAAAGAUACCAGAUACUGCCACACACUCCACAUGAUGGAUAACCAUGGAGACAGUGUGUCUGUGACCAAGCGAUGUGCGACCCUGGAGGACUGUCUGUUUACUGGCUGUGCCUACAUCACCGGUAAUGGACGGGUGUGCUCGUCCUGCUGCGAGGGGAACAUCUGUAACGUGCUAGUGCCGAGGAACGAGAGCAGCGCAGUUUUUACCCCCACUUCUCCCCUGGUCAGCUCGAGCAGGGGGCUUCAUCCUGCAGCGCUGAGCUACAUCAUCAUCAUCAUCAGCAUCAGCAUCAUGUUAACCUCAUGAUAUCAUUUUAAAGAACCUGUCAUUUGUGUUUAUUGUAUCCUGCUCAAAUUGAUUAAGUGAACUGCAUCUGGAUGUUUCGGGAACCUGGCCAGGAAGUUCUGAGUCACAGAAAUGCAGUUACCUGUCACAGUUUGAGGUUUAAACUAAUAAAAAACUGAGAACUUGUGUCCAGAUCUUUCACUACUGCAACGUAUUCCCUUAGGUUUCCCUCUAAGACAAUUUUUUUACAAUUCUUUAAAGCUUUUUUGAUAAUUUAUUAUACUACGUUCAAGUUGUAACAGUAUUAAAAAUGACCAUGUUGUUGUUUAACCAUA